AUGCAAUCUGUCUUAUUGUUUAGGGUUUCCAAAGGUGUGAGAGAACUACCUGGCAGCUUCCAGUCUGCAACUAGUAGCGUUCCUUCUGGCAAAGCACUAGUGUAUUUUGGUUUGUUACUGGCAAGUGGGGUCUUCUUUGUUUUCAUAGCAUUUACAUUGUUCCUGCCAGUCAUGGUGGUUAUGCCCCAAAAGUUUGCUAUAUGCUUUACUCUUGGAUGUGGAUUUAUUAUUGGAUCAUUCUUUGCUCUUAAGGGUCCGAAGAAUCAGCUUGCUCACAUGUUGUCAAAGGAGAGGCUCCCUUUUACAUUGGUCUUUUUAGGCAGUAUGAUAGGUACGAUAUAUGUAUCAAUGGUGCGUCACAGCUAUGUUCUUUCUGUGGUAUUCUCUGUCGUACAGGUUCUCUCACUUGGGUACUAUGCUAUAUCAUACUUUCCCGGUGGAUCUGCUGGAAUGACAUUUCUGACUUCUGCUCUUACCUCCUCAGUUAUGAGAUGCUUUGGGAGGUGA